GAUCAAUAGAUUUUUGAUUACCAAUGGUGUACAGGAUUUUCGGGAUGGGGUGAAUAAAAGGGAAGCACUCACUGACGAUCUGACCAGAGUCCCCGCCACCUGACCUGUCUGUCAUCCCUUUUACACCCAAACGGAGUCGGACAACCCUCCUUCUGGCUCGCUCAGUCAUGGCGGUUCUAAGAGUAAUGUUCACCAAAAGCAAAAGGAACAAACUGGCCCAGGUGUUGUGGAUCUUAAACUGGGUGUCGGUCGUGAUGGGUCUGGUUUUGAUCAUCUUGGGAGCUUUUCUGAAAAUGGAGAUCAGGAAACACAGUGAGGUAAUGGUCAGCCGAGGGGCAGAUUCUAUUCCGCACAUGCUGCUGGUCGUGGGAGCCAUUGCCUGCGGCAUCAACUUCCUUGGGAGCAAGAUCUGCCAUGAUUGUUCGGACGCCCAGAGGUUCACCCGCUGGCGCUUGGCCAUGCUUCCUUAUGUCGUCUGCACCUUCUUCUUCACCUUCUGCAUCCUCGCUGGGGCGCUGAUGUGCUACACCAUGAAGAGCUCCCUGGAGGAAUCUUUCAACCUGGGCCUCAAGCGAGCUAUGAGUUUUUACAAGGACACCGACACCCCGGGGUGGUGCUUCAUGAAGAAGACAAUUGAUGAGCUGCAGUUCAAGUUCCACUGCUGUGGGAACAAUGGAUUCAGAGACUGGUUUGAAGUCCAGUGGAUCAGCACACGCUACUUGAACUUGAAUUCCAAAGACGUUCAGGACCGUUUAAAGAGUAAUGUAGAUGGGAAGUACUUGCUGGAUGCAAUUCCCUUCAGUUGCUGCAACUACAACUCUCCUCGGCCUUGUAUCCAGCAUCAACUCACCAACAACUCGGCUCAUUACAACUAUGACUACCUGACUGAAGAGCUCAACCACUGGACAACAGGCUGCAGGCAGGCAUUGCUUGACCAUUACACCCAGAUCAUGCAGUCUGUAGGACUGUCUGUAUUCAUCAUAUGGCUCUUUGAGAUUUCAGUUCUCACUGGUGUCAGAUAUCUACAGACUGCAAUGGAAAACGUCCUGCUGCAUGGUGACCCUGAGUGCGAGUCAGAGGGUUGGCUACUGGAGAACAACUUUGUGGAAAAAGCUAAAACAAAUCUGAACAUCAUUAAAACUCUGUGCAAGGUCAACCAGGUAUCCACUGUCUCUGGAAUGGAAGAUCCCAAUUUGGAUGUUAAAACAGCUGCCUAUGGACCUGACAAUGUCCCUCACAAAAUCCUCCCCACAACUAGGGACUAGCAACCUUCUCCAUGCAUCUUGUUUUCAGAAUGGCCAUGAAUGUAUUUUAGGUCGGUGAAGGGGGUCAACAUUCUGGCAAAGUCAUGGUCAAAUUAUGGAUUAUGUAAUAAACAUUACCUAAGGACAGUCCCACACCUGGGUGACAUACUUCAGUGGAUGUUGAAUCUAUCCCAAAUAUUUUGGGUGUUUCUGUUACUUUCAACAGACAUGCUAUGGUAUUUGCUGAUUGCAAAAUAGUCAAACCUGAUGUCCAUUCUUCUCCAAAAUUAUGUACAUUUAACUCUGGGUCAUUAAUAGCCCUUCUUGAGAGAUGAGUCAUUUUCUGUUUCAAUCUAUUGCUGUUUUUGUCUCUCUU